GAGCAGUGAUGCUGUUUGCUCCGUACAUCAGCUCCUCUCCUUCAGUCACACAGACCCGGGCAGAGGCUGCACGUCCGCAGGCUGAGGAGGACCCUACCGCAUAGCGUUACUGCCGCUGCCCCAUAUCUCCGCUCCGAAUACAUGGAUGUCUCCGCUCGGAGCCCAUUUCGACACUGGACGGUGCUCUUGUAGCCGUGUUCAACGACAGAAAAGCUGAACGUCUCAGCCCCCGGCUCUGUUUUGCGGGUAACUGGUUUAUCUCGACGACACCGACAGAGGACCACACUCCCCCAUCGUUAGCCCGCUAAGCUAGCUAGCCCGCUAACUUAGCUGUGGUACUUUACACCGAGUAGCCGUUAGUUCUCCGCCGUGUAGCUAGCCUGCGGUCUUCUGCGCCACAGAAGUGGAUUGAGGUACCCAGUCACUCCAGGAGCAUGUUUGAGUGACAAGCUGAGGAGGAAGCGGGAUCUCUGAGGCUCCGCCCAUUCUGCUGGUGGAGCACCCUGCACAUCUGACCAGAGACCCCUUUAGUCACCUGGACAGGAUGCGGAGGUUCGCCUACUGCAAGGUGGUUUUGGCCACCUCUCUGGUGUGGGUGAUGCUGGAUAUGUUCAUUCUGCUCUACUUCAGCGAGUGCAACAAGUGUGACGACAAGAAGGAAAGAGGGCUGCCUGGGAGAGACGAUGCCUUGGCCAGGCCGCGGGACGGGCCAGGUGAAGGAGGGAAACCCGUGGUGAUCCCCAAGGAGAAUCAAGAGAAGAUGAAAGAGAUGUUUAAGAUCAACCAGUUCAACCUUAUGGCUUCUGAAAUGAUUGCUCUCAAUCGUUCACUGCCUGACGUCCGCCUGGAAGGGUGCAAGAACAAAUUAUAUCCUGAUAAUCUUCCUCGUACCAGCGUGGUGAUUGUAUUUCACAACGAGGCAUGGAGCACACUGCUGCGAACUGUCCACUCAGUCAUCGACCGCUCUCCACACACUCUGCUGGAGGAGAUUGUCCUGGUGGACGAUGCCAGUGAGAGAGAUUUCCUAAAGCGCCCGUUAGAGCAGUAUGUGAGGAAGCUGGAGGUGCCUGUCAGAGUGGUGAGGAUGGAGCAGCGGUCUGGACUCAUCCGUGCUCGCCUCAAAGGAGCUUCCAUCUCCACCGGCCAGGUCAUAACCUUUCUGGAUGCUCAUUGUGAAUGUACAACAGGGUGGCUAGAGCCUCUGCUCGCCCGCAUCAAGCAGGACAAAAAAACAGUUGUGUGUCCCAUCAUCGACGUCAUCAGCGAUGAUACGUUCGAGUACAUGGCUGGAUCCGACAUGACAUAUGGAGGAUUUAACUGGAAACUCAACUUCCGCUGGUACCCCGUGCCCCAGAGAGAGAUGGACCGUCGCAAAGGAGACCGCACUCUGCCUGUCAGGACUCCCACUAUGGCUGGUGGCUUGUUCUCCAUCGACAGGGAUUAUUUCCAAGAGAUCGGCACAUAUGACGCAGGCAUGGACAUCUGGGGAGGAGAAAACCUGGAAAUCUCUUUCAGAAUAUGGCAAUGUGGUGGAACUCUGGAGAUUGUCACAUGUUCUCACGUGGGUCACGUGUUCAGAAAGGCAACACCUUACACAUUUCCGGGAGGAACGGGACAGAUCAUCAACAAAAACAACCGGCGUCUGGCAGAAGUCUGGAUGGAUGAAUUUAAGAACUUCUUUUAUAUCAUCUCUCCUGGUGUGACCAAAGUGGACUACGGUGACAUCACGUCUCGCAGCGCUUUGAGACAGAAGCUUCAAUGUAAACCCUUCAGCUGGUACUUAGAGAACGUCUACCCAGACUCUCAGAUCCCCAGGCACUACUACUCCCUGGGAGAGAUCCGUAAUGUCGAGACCAACCAGUGCCUGGACAACAUGGCCCGCAAGGAGAAUGAGAAGGUCGGCAUUUUCAACUGCCACGGCAUGGGAGGCAACCAGGUGUUUUCCUACACGGCCAAUAAGGAAAUCCGGACAGACGACUUGUGUCUGGACGUGUCCAAGCUGAACGGACCAGUUAUGAUGCUCAAGUGUCAUCAUCUCAAAGGGAACCAGCUGUGGGAGUACGACCCUGUGAAGCUGACGCUGAUCCACGUCAACAGUAACCAGUGUCUGGACAAGGCCAGCGAGGAGGACAGCCAGGUGCCCAGUGUCAGAGACUGCACACACACACGCUCCCAACAGUGGCUGCUCCGCAACGUCACACUACCGGAGGUCUUCUGACCACACUCCGCACACUCCCAACAACACACACUCACACACACAGCGGCCCAGAGUAAGCAAUCAGGCGAAUGGACGUGUUUGUUAAAAUUGGGCAGCGAGAAAGGAAAGACUUCCCACGAGGGGAUUUUGGAAGAGAGGAGGGCGGAUCGGACGGUACUACCUCUGCCAGAGUUCAGAGGGAGGAGCGCGUUUGACCCUCCUCGCUGCGGGAAGAGGAGGAAAGACUCCCAUUAGGAGACGGCGGCUGUGGUUUUACGUUUGUUUUGUUUUUUCUAAAGAGAUUUUAACCGCGGGGACUGAGAGAGACCGGUGGAGGCGAGGUUCUGCACUCACAGCUUCCUUGGACAAAGCAGUCCACCCCUCAACUCAUCAUGUAACGUUUACUGACUGCCUCUAAAGAGAGUGUGUGUCCUUAUCUCUGUGUGUGUGUGUGUGUGUGUUCUCCAAGAUGAAUGUAUGCUUUGAGAAGGGGGCUUGAAUUGUUUUGUUUUUUGAUUUUUUUUUAUUUAAUUUUGUAAUGGGGUUGACAAUGAACUCAUAUGAAGAAGGGUGUGUAUGUGUGUGUGUGUGUGUGUGUGUGUGUGUGUGUGUGUGUGUGUGUCAUGGAUGCCUGUGUCAGAGCCCCUCCUACACUCCUACAUUUUGCAGCAGUGUAUGUCUCCCCCUGGUGUUACUCCUCGGCACCUCCACCCUCUUACAGACUGAAGCCUCCAUGCUGAGGGAUUCAAAGGGACUGCGCUCAAGAAAAAAAAAAAAAAAAAAAAAAAAAAAACAGAAGAGGACCGAACAGAGAACCUGACGUCUGCCAUCAGCAGAGAUCUAGAGAUAGCGAAAUAUAAUGUUUGUGAUAUCUUGAGAUUUCUAUGUCCAGUUUUUACCUGGCUUUGUCUGUUUCUACAGUCCUGUGAGAGUGCCACAGAGCAGUAACCCUAGCCUGUCUGUCCGUCUGUGUUGUCUUUAAAGAUGUUUAACAUAGAGCUAACACUCACACAGAGGACUCAGCAUAUGUAACUGAUGUUCACUGCCUAAUGUAGUGUGAAUCCACAGGGAAAACUCCCAUAAGGCACUACAUAGACGUAUACGAAUAGGAAAAAGGCCACCUGAGCCUAUACUGUAAUCAUUUUCUCACAUCAUCUUCUCGAUGACCUCUUAAAAGUACCCUCUAAGGGCUCUUUUCCUCCAGUUUGAGUGUGUGGAUGAGUCGGUGUGGGUGUCUUCAGUACUAAUCGCAGCCCAUCAGCCUCCUGUUUACCAGAACAAACAGCUCUCAGUGUCCUCACUUUUGGACUAGCAGAGCCUCUAGCAUAGACUGAUGGCAGAUCAGCAUAUUCCUGCUUCCGUUGUACAAAAAAAAAGAGCAAGAAGC